AUGUCUAAUACUCCAAGCCCCCUAAGUGUCUCAAUGACAGAUGUUUCUCAGCCACGUGAGACCAAAAGGCGACGAGCCCGCCACCACAAAUCUCGCCAGGGAUGCUACACCUGCAAGCUACGCCGGGUCAAGUGCGAUGAAGCCAGACCAGUUUGUGGAGCGUGUUCCUUCCGUGGCGAGUCUUGCUGCUAUCCGCCACCAAACCAGCAGCUAAUUUCCUCAAACUCAGCGCGCUCUGCUCGUCUGGGCAGCGAGACUGUAGAGCAGUUGCUGCAGCCGUUAGAAUUGCACCUGCCCGAGCUAUCUGAGAAUGUGUCUCGGGACGAUGAAAGCAUUAACAUGGCAGACAUGGCACUUUUGACAUAUUACAUGAUUCAUGUGUCAGGCAAUAUGGCUGUCCAUCCGGAGCGGAAACUCAGCUGGCAGCGAGUCAUCCCAGCCCUGGCCGCCAAGCAUGAGUAUCUGAUGCAUCUUCUCCUCGCUCUGGCCGGUACGCAUGCAGUAUUUGAGGCGGAGAAGGCCCAUGGCUCUCCACUAGUUCCCAACACCGAUGGGAAUAUCUCCAAUCAAAUCGACGCCGCGCUAUCGCGUGAUUAUCAUCGGAUCCUUGAGCAUCACCAGAGAGGUCUUGAAGGUUUCCGGCACGCAUUAGCAGGAAUGACAGCCAGUAAUGUAGAAUACGUUUUCUGUGGCUCCGUUCUUAUUGUGGCCUUUGCGUUUGCUUCGUUGCGAAUCCGGGCCCUAAACGAUGCGCACAUGGCACCCCGCAGCGAAGAUUCGCUCGAACAGCCCUACACCGACUGGCUACAUCUAGUCCGUGGCUUAGCCACCGUAGCGCAGGAGCACUGGUUUUCGCUUAAAAUCAGCAGUAUGAGAUCCUUAUUGUUGUAUGCCUACGCCAACGAUGACUGGAAGCCAAACCCGCCGUCAUCCCCGGCUACCAUUUUCCCCCGCCUACAACAUGCCUCUCCGCAGUUGCUUUUAUUUUCGCAAGGCGCAGCUCAACAAAUAUCCCUCCUAGGCAACUUUGCAAGCAUGCUGAAUGAAGACGUUGGGACAUGCAUGGAAGGAACCGGAAGCCCAGAAACUCGUAUAUCCCCCGCCAUGCAGGCCUCGGAACUUUUGAGCGAACAGAUCAAGACGCUCGAAAAACUUGAGGAAAUGUACAUGCGCAUUUUAUAUGUAUUUCAAUUCACGACCAGUCAGCAUGACUGUUCCGUCUCUCGCGAUCUUCAGAUUGAUCUCGAAGAGACUGCCGUCCUAUCGUGGCCGCAUGCCAUCUCGAAUGCAUUUAUCUUGUCCCUGCAACCGGGACAAGAAUUAGGGAUUCUCGAGGGUUUCUCAUAUGUGAUUCUGGCGCAUUUCUAUGUGAUCUCGCUGUUGUUCGAAGAUCUCUGGUAUAUGAAGAGGGCCUUCCCACAGGAAAUCCGGACUGUUCAUAGGCUGAUUGGGCGGUUGGCAUAUGGACCGCUUGCGUCUUUGAUGGAGUGGCCAAUGGCAUUUGUUGCUGGACGGUGA